AUGCCGCUCAGCUGGCUCACUACCCCUGGCAGGCGGCGCGGGGCCGGCUCCAAACAUAACGCGCUGUGGAAAACAUGCGGCUCGGGGGACCCCCCCGCGGCCCGUGCUCCGGGCCGAGCCCCGCGAGGCCCUGGCCCAGCCCAGGCCGCGUGCAGGGCUGCGAGAAACCCCAGAGCCGGCCCGGGAGCACAAGACCCGCUGGAGCUGUUCUGCUGGUCGGGGGGCUGGGGGCUACCGUCAGUGGACCUGGACAGCCUGACCGUGCUGACCUAUGCCAGAUUCACUGGUGCCCCGCUCAAGGUGCACAAGGUCACCAACCCCUGGCAGAGCCCGUCAGGAACUCUGCCUGCCCUUCGGACCGGUCAUGGAGAGGUCAUCUCGGUACCACACAAGAUCAUCACCCACCUUCGAAAAGAGAAGUACAACGCUGAUUAUGAUCUGUCAGCCCGGCAAGGGGCAGACACCUUGGCCUUCAUGUCUCUGCUGGAGGAGAAGCUGCUCCCGGUGCUGAUACAUACUUUUUGGGUAGACACCAAGAACUACGUGGAAGUGACCCGGAAGUGGUAUGCAGAGGCCAUGCCCUUCCCCCUGAACUUCUUCCUUCCCGGCCGCAUGCAGCGGCAGUUCAUGGAGCGGCUGCAGCUGCUGUGCGGGGAGCACGGGCCUGAGAACGAGGAAGAGCUGGAGAAGGAGUUGUACCAAGAGGCUCGGGAAUGCCUGACCCUGCUCUCCCAGCGCCUGGGCUCUCAGAAAUUCUUCUUUGGAGACGCCCCCGCCUCCCUGGAUGCCUAUGUCUUUGGCUACUUGGCCCUGCUGCUGCAGGCCAAGCUGCCCAGCGGGAAGCUACAGGCCCACCUGCGGGGGCUGCACAACCUCUGUGCCUACUGCACGCACAUCCUCAGCCUCUACUUCCCGUGGGAUGGCGCCGAGGGGCCACCCCCACGCCAGACGCCAGUGGGCCCGGAGACUGAGGAGGAGCCGUACCGGCGCCGGAACCAGGUCCUCUCCGUGCUGGCGGGCCUGGCAGCCAUGGUGGGCUACGCCUUGCUCAGCGGCAUUGUCUCUAUCCAGCGGACAACGCCGGCUCGGGCCCCGGGCACGCGGUCCCUGAGCAUGGCUGAGGAGGAUGAAGAGGAGUGACUCGUCCUCACACCCCCGGGACUGAUUUUUCUACUGUCGUACAUUCCAGAGGCCCCCGUGUUUCCCUGUUGUUGGUACGGCUGGAAGUGGGGUGCCACUCCCAUAAUAAACUUGUCCACGGUAGUUGGAACCAAA